ACACUACUCCGCUCCCCAUUGCACCAAGCGGAAGCUGCGCCGUCGCUGCUCCGCAACAAUUUACCCAUCAAAACGUGCCCAAAGUCAUAAAUAAUUGAUGAAAACCGCUUAAAACGUAAAUAGUAAUCAAACCGAAUCUUUAUGUGAAUAAAUCAAGAAAAAGCCGCGCGCGAGUGCCAAAGAAAGAGAGAGUGCCGCCUUGCUCGCGCUCCCCGAAAUUCGUGGCGUUUUCUUUUUGUUUAUGCGCGCAAGAGAGAGCAAAGCAUAAAGUGCGCACACCCAUACUCGCGCGAGAGGGGGAUUUGCAAAAAUCGUAGUACAAGUGUGUGUGCGCAUAGCAUUUGCACAUAUUGUUAUUGUUGGGGCUAGAGACAGAGAGAGAGAGGAGCAACUAAAAGAGAGAGAAAGAGAGCUGAACUGUGGCCAGAUUUAUAAAGCGACAUUCGCACUUUUACUCUGGAGCAUGACGGUUCUUUCGCGGCACUUUCGACGCGAUUUAAGGCUGCAGCCAAGGCAGCAGCAGCUUCCGAGUCCGCUCCGAACCCAAAUCCGAAUCUAAAUCCGAAUCAGUAUCCCUUGCAGCCGUCUAAUCCGCAACAGAUUCGCAGAGCGUGUAUACGUACAUAUUGAUUCAGUGCGAGUGCAGUUGCAGCGCGCCCCCUUCGUUAGAAAACUCCCUGAACCGAACGGCAGCAACCGCCCCCCUCGUUUUUCACUGUGUAUACUACAGCUUUUCGCUUCUUUUUUAAGGCGGCGGCACGCCCUUUCCCAACGUGCGUACGUGUUCGUGUAUGUGUAUAUGUAUUGGCGCGCUAACCCAUAUAAAGAAAAUAAAAUAAAGAAUCGUAGAAAUCUGAAAACUUUGAAAAUAUUGAAUUGUGAAAACUAUCAGAAAAUUAUGUGCCUGCCCGAGAAAUAUUCCCCAGUGGACAUAGAAAUAAUGUGCAACAAUAGCACAUAAACAGCAGUCCAUAAAAACACCUCGCGAACACGAAUAUAAAUUCGGAAACCAGCACAGAAAACAACAUGAAGAUGGUCGAUAAGUCAUCCAAGUUGGUGGAUAAAUUUGCCGUUAUCAGCGGCACCGGCGGAACCGGUGGAGGAGGACCGCUUAACAUGCAAAGUGGCAUUGGAGGCGGUAGCUCCGGUGGAGGAGGAAUCUCCGGAUCCGGCGGAAUGUCGACCACGGCGGGAUUGUCUGGCGGAGGUGGAAUGACCGGCGGAGGAGCCAAUGGCCAGAAACCCGUGCCCAUGAAGCUCUUUGCCGCCUGGGAAGUGGACCGAACGCCUCCCAAUUGCAUCCCAAGACUCUGCUCGCUGACAAUAACACGUCUGUCCAUUUUGACCCCGUUGCCGGGCGACACCACCUCGUUGUCGCUGGCGGUGAAGAUGCAGAGCUCCAAGAGGACGCUGCGCAGCCACGAGAUUCCCAUCAAUGGAUCUGCGUUGACCUCCUCCUCGUCCCUGCAGGGCAACUCCCCGUUGUCGGUGGUCGGAGGAGCUGGUGGUGGUGGUGGCACACCGGGAAGUGUGGUGGGCACUGGAGGCGGACUGGGCGUGGCUGUGCCCUUGACGGAAACCGAGCUGGACUUGCACUUCAGUCUGCAGUAUCCGCACUUUAUUAAGAGAGAUGGCAAUAGACUGGUUAUUUUGCUGCAACGCCGCAAGAAAUACAAAUCACGCACCAUUUUGGGCUACAAAACGCUGGCCGAGGGCAUCAUCCGCAUGGAUGCGGUGCUCCAGAAGUCGAUGGACAUGAUCAUCGAACUGACCGCUUCCGGAAAGAACGGCAGGCCGGGAACAGUGGUCGCCUGUCUGCGCGCCGAACGCGUGUCUUCCAUUCCAGUUGACCAUGACAAUAAGAACAACAACAGCGUCCUGCUGGCAGAUCGCGUUGCUGAGUAUUCCGACGAGGACGAGGAGGCCGAGUUCAGUUCGGGCGAAUUCAACGACGAGGCCAACGAACUGGGCCUGAUCCGGGGAUACGAUCCCAAGGAUCCGCGGGAUUACAACCAUCCGGCCAAGCAUGAUAUGCGAAAGUAUCGCAACAAGCUCCAGCGCUCCGGAAUCGAGGACUGUGCCCUAGUGGGUCACCAUCCCGGUAGCAUCCAGCACCAUCAUCCCGGCGUGGUCGUCGACAGCGAUAGUGAGUUCGAGAUGAAGGACAAGAGCUCGUCACGGGCCAAGUUUAGCCGGACGAUUUCGCUGCAGCAGCGGAACUUCAAGCAGAAGAUCGUGGCGCUGCUCAAGCGGUUCAAGGUGAGCGAGGAGCUGGAGGGGGAGUCCGGCCACCGGGGAACGGCGGCACUGCGCGGGGAACGGGAUCUGGAUGCACUCUUCCAGGAGCUGGAGUCGCUGUCCUGCUGCGAGGGCGACGAUUCCGGACCGGACAUGGACAGCAUAUCGGUGGGCUCCACUCCGAAGCCAUCGCUGCGUCCCUUCUUCACCAACUCCCGGAUAAUGCUGCACGACAAUAUCACCGGGAACGGCGGAGAUCUGAAUCAAUUGGUGGGCGGAGGUUCCGGACCCGGAAUCGGAACUGCCGAUCGUGGUGGAAACGACAGUUCCGGCAACGAGGGCAAUGCUGGCUACACGGAUGGCCAGAACUCGGAUCCCCAGAACAGUCCGCCCAGGGACAAGGACUACAUGCGUAUGCAGCAGCAGCAACAGUUGACCCCAGUGAGCUCGGUGGCCGCCAGUUUGGGAAGCGGCAACGUAAUAACACCCGCUCAGGGGGAGAAGCGGUCGAGAUUAUUCCGCACUUCCAGCAAUACUCCAGGAACCACGGCGAGUGGAGGCAACAGUGCUAGUGCCAUUAGCGCUUCGGGAGGCGGCAAAAGGAAGCACACCCUAAGCCUAAGCGCCGAGCCGCGAUCCGUGCUGGAGACUUGCCUCUCGCCCACCAACGUGGAGCCACGCAAGCUGCUGCUCGACCAGCUGAGUCGCGUGUUCGCCGGCGAGGACAGUGCCAUUCCGGAGGUGGUGACCAUCAUCAGUCCGCCGGAGGCGUUGGGCGGCAGUGCGCUCCUUGCCAAGCUGGUCACGCUCUUUGCCAACUCCUUUAAGCCGGCCUUCGUGCCGCAAAACACCGCGGAGGUCAAGGCGGUGCUGCAGGCGCUCAUGGCCAAGAUUCAAAAGUAUUGCAACUCGAACGCCAAGCCACCGCACACGGUGAAAGUGCUGCUAAUUGGUGGAGAUUGGCUGCAGGGAGCCACCCUGCGACAUUACGUGGAACUGAUGGGAGUGAGGCCGCCAGAUUGGCUGAAUCACCUGCGCUUCUAUCUGGUGCCCGUCGGCGGCAGUUGUGGCAGUGUGGCGCGUCAUCUUAGCCAGAUGGAUCAGGCAUAUGCGGUCAUGUUUGGCUCCGACAACUGGACACAGUUGUGCGAGCGAGCAGCGGCCACUGCGGCGGCGGUCAGUGCCGUGACCACGGUGAAUGCCACGGCUUUGACAACCAACUUGGCGGAUGCUGCAGGCGUGGCCAAGUCCGACAUUGCGGAGUUAGUGCAGCGCAUCCAGCGGUAUCUGUUAGCGGCAGGUCCCUGCACCCAGAUACCCAUCGCCGAGGCCAUGGUCAACUACAAGGACGAGGACUCCUGUCAAAUUUUCGUGCCGUUCGUUAGUGAUGUUCGCAUUGGUUAUUUGGACGCCCAGGCUUCGCUGGACCUCGAUGAAAUUGCAACUGGCGCCAACGCGACCGGUGGUGGACUAGGUUCUGGAUCUGCCUCCAGCUCAGCCAUCCCCAUUGGUAGCCAGAGCUCGCCGAAUGUGCAUGGCGUGGUUUCCGGUUCGCCACCGCAACAGCAGAGCCUGGGACGCAUCUCACCGCCCCUGCAGACGCCACCAUCAUCCGCAUCCUCCCACCGGGAGCGGAAUACCAGCGAAUCGCUGAGCACGCCAUCGUCGCUGCAGCAGCAAACCUUCAGCGGAGCUCUGGCGGCGGCUGCUGAGGCGGUGGAGCUGCAAGUGGACUAUUGGCCACUGGUGAGACCGGGCGAAGGACACACCAAGGAGUCGAAGGGCGGCAUGUCCAAGGGCAGCGACGCUGGCGGCAAAAAUAGCAUUAAGAGUACGUUUAGGAACCUGCAGGUGUGGCGUUUGCCACAGCAUGCACAGCAAAUGGGUGAUAUGUUCAAUGGACUGACUGUUAGUUUCGCCACCAAGGAGAAGAAGCAAAAGCAAAUUAUGCGCUUGGGCAAGAAAAAGGAUAAGGAGCGUGAUCUCGAGAAGGAGCAAUGUGUGGAGGGCGUGGCCCGCUUGAUUUGCUCACCCAAGCAAUCGCAUCCAGUGCCACUAAGGGUGUACAUCGAUGGCACCGAGUGGACGGGAGUCAAGUUCUUCCAGGUGUCGUCGCAAUGGCAAACGCACGUCAAGAACUUUCCCAUUGCGCUUAUUGGCUGCACCCCCAUGUCCUGUGCUGAAUUAUCCUAGUCAUUUUAAACCCCAAGCUCACACGGGACAUAAGCCACUCUCCCACAAAUAGAAUGAACACUGAAACACAGCCACACAAACUGAAAACGUGCUUGAAGCAAGGAAGCCCGUCACUUGCACGGCAAUAAAUAUUAUAAAACUGAAAAGAAUGAUAAUUUAUUUAUAAUUAGUAUUUGUAAAUUUUUAGUUAAUAAACCGUUAGCAUGUAACAUUUAUUUAAGUUAAUUUCCACACGCAACCUGUGAAUUUAUCAGAUACUUUCGACCCGCAAUCAGACACAGACAGACAACAAAGGAACAGACACUACUAGUUUAACGAUAUGCUUAACGUAUUUAUAAACUCGUCAGAGAUGAACAACGCGUAUCAAAAUAUCCUGUACAAGAAGGUCUAGAACUAAAACCAAACUAUGUAGUUACCGUUUCAAGAAUUUCUAUGGACACGUUGCUCUUGCCUGUUGGCAUGUAACUAGCAUACCUAUAUAUGUUCCCUAACCAGCAGUACCCAAGCAAUCGGGAGCAUUAGGCCCCAUGAUCUCAAAAUCGUUGCUCCCGUCUGGCCAACUAUCAAAAGUAUCUAAAUGGUAGGCAGCAUGCUAAACCUACUUGACAAAACAAACUCUAAAUAUUUAACCAAGCCCGUCGUCUAUGUACUACCUAAAUCUGAAAAAUAUCUGUGUGUGAAAUUAUAUACAAUACAUACUAUAUAUAGUAUACCUAUCUAAUCUACCACAUAUACAAAACCAUGUGUACUACUCUUAUUGUUGUGAUUUUUGAAAUUUCAAAGGCAGCCCAGUCGUAUUAGCGGAUGUUGAAAAAGCGUAAAUUUAUACAUGUAUACAUAACUCUAUAUACAGCAGGCACUAGCAGGAGGCAGUUCGAUAUAUCCAUUAAUGUAUAUUAUAUUCUAUUCCCCCCUAAAUCGCAUUCGUGUCCCCUUAGUAGUUGCGAACCGAUUGAAUACGAAAACCCUGUGUGUUUUCCUCCCGUUUGAACUGAAAGAUGAAAAGUGCGUUUGAGGUGCGUUGAUUGCGUUACGAAGUGAAAUACUGUAAGGCGUGUAAUUUAUAAUUGUACUAUUAAAAAUAUUAAAGUUAAAUGCGAAA